CACAUGUAUUUAUUUAUUUCUUUACUCGAGGUCUCAUUGGUCUGUGUGACUCCUCUGGACUCCACCUGGGAGCUCCAGGAGAAGCGGAUCAGUUUGCACCAUUAAGAGGUUUUGCACUCCUUUGGGUGCGCAGACAACAUCCACCGCCUCCGACAUAACUGGACACUGAUCCCCCACUUUUCAUUUCCCUUUUUUUGUUGUUGUUUUUGAUGCACGCGUCCACUCCGUGAGGCAGUCAUGGCGGACAUCUAACGGACGGACAUCAACAACCUUUUGUCAGAGUUUUGCAUCGACACCAGUCCAUCCUGUGCGGAGGCUUGGACUCCGCGGACUGCAACCCUUAAAUGCCUUUCAUUGAGAAAAGGCUUCGGACGUUCAGUGUGGUGAAUGUUUACAAGCAGCACAUCACCUGAUUAAGAUGGGAAAUAAGCAAACUAUAUUUACCGACGAGCAACUUGAUGCUUACCAGGACUGUACGUUUUUCACUCGCAAAGAAAUUCUACGGUUGCACGGCAGAUACCAUGAGUUGGCUCCACAUCUUGUACCGAUGGACUACACCAAUGAACCGGAUUGUAAACUGCCGUUAGCCUUGAUAGUCAACAUGCCAGAAUUAAAGGAAAAUCCAUUCCGUAACAGGAUUGUGGAGUCUUUCUCCGAGGACGGGAUGGGGAAUCUCAGCUUCAAUGAGUUUGUGGACAUGUUUUCAGUCCUCAGUGAAAUGGCUCCCCGAGAACUCAAGGCCAUAUAUGCCUUUAAAAUAUAUGAUUUCAAUGUGGAUAACUACUUGUGCAAAGAGGAUCUCGAAAAGACUCUAAAUAAGCUGACAAAGGAGGAGUUGACUCCUGAAGAGGUCCAGUUGGUGUGUGAGAAAGCCAUCGAGGAGGCAGAUUUGGACGGUGACAACAAACUGUCAUUUGCUGACUUUGAAAAUAUGAUAACCAGGGCUCCGGACUUUUUAAGUACCUUCCAUAUACGAAUCUAAAAGGGCUGGAUGGACAGUUUCUAAGGUCAGCAGCUUGCUAAACCUGAGGACUCCCACUGACCUGUACGCCUGUCUCUUAUUGUCGUCUUCUAUAACGGCAGCAUCUUCUCCAGCUGUGCUUACCUCAGUGAAGUCUGCUAGAUUUGGGAACAAAAUACUGGAUAAAGCUGAAUUCCCGUGACCCUGAAUUUUAUUACUGUAGAUUGGAAUUGUUUUCCUAUGACUACCUAUGAAAGGGCUCGACCUGAAUUGGAUAAAAGGCUAAUCUUUCUACAUUUUAAGGUUGAAAAAUUAAGUCCAAAAUGAGCCAGACUCUGGAUUAGUGCCUGUUGCACACAUUCAUGAAUGCAUAAAAACUGCUUAUCUAUCUAUAUUGCACAUGAGAUAAAUCCUGGUGAAGUCUUCCUACAGCGACACACUAAAUGUUCAGUAUUUUUAUUUAUAUUUAUACGACUAUGGACAAAGCUUGACGUGGAUGAUAACACAGCACUGACAUUAAGGGCAUACAGAUAUUCUAUAAGAGCUAUGCAGUAUAUUUAGAUGCAGUGUCUAAGUUGUGACUUUUGCCUGUGGAACUGGAACACGAUGACAAUCAUAUCUUACUGUUCUCCAGUUGGAUGAAGGGCUUUGUCAUCGGGACUAAAUAUCGGUAGCUUUCAUCUUCUGCCUCAGCCAUUAUCAUGAGAUGUUAGUUACAGCCAUCUUUUGGAUAUGUAUUUAUAGUAUUUCAUGUGAAUUCAGAAUAAAUACAUGUUUUUUUCUCUG